AUGCACAUAGCUUGGACACUUCUCAUACUGAUUGAGGAGGGCUUUGCACUAGCACAGAAAACCAAGGGGUCGUCUCAGCUUGCAAGUCAGACUUCCCAGAAUGCUCGCCAAUGUGGCACCUGGAUCAAGAACCCUGAUGGAGGCAUGUUCAGCUCUCCAAACUACCCUAACACAUAUCCUCCCAACAAGGAGUGCAUGUACAUACUGGAAGCCCUACCACGUCAGAGGAUUGAGCUAAAGUUUGAUGACACCUUCUUCAUGGAGUCAUCCUUUGAGUGCCGCUUUGACCACAUUGAGGUGAGAGACGGCCCCUUCAGCUUCUCGCCACUCAUCAACCGGUUCUGUGGUUCCUCCAGCCCUGGUCGGGUCCUGUCCACCGGACGCUUCAUGUGGAUCCGCUUCUUCAGUGAUGACGAGUUGGAGGGCCAGGGUUUUCGGGUCCAGUACAACUACAUCAUUGACCCAGAGUUCCAUCUCCAUGUUGGAGGGAUUUUAAAUCCCAUCCCAGACUGCCAGUUUGAGCUUGGGGGUGCCGAUGGGCUGAUCCGCUCCAGUCAGGUGGAGGAGGAGAACAAGGUGAAACCUGACCAGGCGGUGGACUGCAUCUGGACCAUCCGAGCUCCGCCCAACUACAAGAUUUACCUGCGCUUCCUAGAAUACCAGAUGGAGAACUCUAACGAGUGUAAGAAGAACUUUGUGGCUGUUUAUGAUGGAAGCAGUGCCAUCGAAGACCUGAAGGCCAAGUUCUGCAGCACAGUAGCCAAUGAUAUCAUGCUGGACAAUGGUGUGGGUGUGGUCAGGAUGUGGGCGGACGAGAACAGCAGACUUAGCCGCUUCCGCAUGCUCUUCACCUCGUUCUCGGACCCUCCAUGUUCAAGCAACACUUUUUUCUGCCAUAGCAACAUGUGCAUCAACAACUCUCUGGUGUGUAAUGGUGUGCAGAACUGUGUAUUUCCCUGGGAUGAGGGCAACUGCAAAGAAAAGAAACCCAAAGGUCUGUUCCACCAGAUCACUAAGACCCACGGGACAGUGAUUGCUGUGUCUACAGGAGUAGUCCUGCUGUUGCUCAUCUUCUCCAUCAUGGUGCAGGUCAAGCAGCCACGCAAGAAGGUGUUGGUGAAGAAGAGCACCCCGUUCAACCGACUUGAGUACCAGGAAGUGUUUGACCCUCCUAACUACGAGCUCUUUUCCCUCAGAGACAAGGAGCUGCCUGAGGACAUGGGGGAGCUGCCUGAGGAGCUCCUGUCGCUACAAGCUCUGAGACGCUCCUCCACAACAUCACGUUGCGUCCACGAGCACCACUGCGGCUCGCAGGGCUCCCUCAGUCGUGGGGCGCCUCCCCUGGUGACCGGAUCCAUGGAGCUAACGCCCUUCCGGGGAGACUUCCAGAGCUCCUUACCCCCUCUGGGGAGCGUGACCAGGAACAGCAGCCUGCGGAAGAAGUCCUGGCCCAGCAUGAAGCCUUGCCAUCAAAAGGGGACCCGUAGGCUGGCGGAGCUGGGCCAUCGUGGACAGGAUCGAGUGAUGGAGGAGGAGGAGAUGGAGGUGGAGGAAGAGGGCGGGAGAGGUGAUUUGUACGUCCGUAGAGGUGGGAGUGGAAGAGGGAAAUAUGAAACGGUUCAGCACAGAUCUUUGUCCAUGGACUUCUAGUGGGAUGAAGCAAAACCAUCUUGUUAGAGUGUUCCUCCUGGUCAGAACAUGCAGUAUGCAGUUUUAACUAAUUUGUGAAAAGACAGGGGUCUGCUCUUC